GUAUGUCAUAAAAAUAAAAAAUAAAAAUCCAUCCUCUAUCGAUCUGUUACUUUCCUGGUUGCCCUUUUUCGAACUUUUAUACUUGCUUGACAUAUCUUUGCAUCUGUCUCUCAUAUCCUGGAAAGCAAUCGGAUCUGAGUUGGUAUGUAAUCGACAUCGACGUGGGUCUCACUCGAGGAGGAUCUCUGUUCUGUUCUGUUCUGUUAUGUAUGAAUCUGGUCAUUAAAGUUGUUUCUUCGUAAUGAUGGCGGCUCCGAGAAAUCUGGUGGGGCUCAGGGAUGAAGAGAAUGCCAAGGCGGCGGCGGCGGCGGAGGAGGACGACCACCAGGACGAUGAUUGGUCCACCGGCAAGAAGCCCAAGUCGGAGCGCUUGCCCCUCUCCCGCUGGGAGGUCGCCGCUGCUCUCUCCGUCUUCUUCAUAUUCUCCUCCGGCCUUUUCUGUGUCUACUUGACCAUGCCCGCCGCCGAUUACGGUAAACUCAAGCUUCCACGCACCAUUGCCGAUCUUCGCUUGCUCAAAGAUCAUCUUGGGACCUAUGCAAACGAUUAUCCAGCUCAAUUCAUUCUGGGUUACUGUUCCACAUACAUCUUCAUGCAGACUUUCAUGAUUCCCGGAACGAUAUUCAUGUCAUUGCUCGCCGGAGCUCUUUUCGGGGUUUUCAGGGGCCUUCUCCUGGUUGUCUUCAACGCCACUGCUGGAGCUUCUUCCUGCUUCUUUUUGUCCAAGUUAAUUGGCAGGCCUUUAGUCAGUUGGUUGUGGCCCGAAAAAUUGAGAUUCUUUCAGGCAGAGAUCGCAAAGCGCAGGGAAAAGCUGCUCAACUAUAUGCUUUUCCUGAGGAUAACUCCAACAUUGCCAAACCUUUUCAUCAACUUGGCAUCUCCCAUUGUUGACAUACCCUUUCACAUUUUCUUUCUUGCAACUUUGAUUGGUCUUAUUCCAGCAUCUUAUAUCACAGUCAGAGCUGGCCUUGCUCUUGGGGAUCUCAAGUCAGUCAAGGACCUCUACGAUUUUAAAACAUUAUUUGUGCUUUUCCUUAUUGGUUCAGUGAUUAUAUUUCCAACACUUUUGAAGAGAAAGCGAAUCUAUGAAUGAAAGUUCUGUUGGUAAGGACUCAAUUUCACGAUUCCAUCCGAAACUUUUCUGAUGUUAUAGCCAUAUGUUAUAUUUAUUCAAGUUUUAUUUUCAGUAUCUAAAGGGAGUGUCUGUUUGUCAAUGUAGGCUACUUGAAAGCAUUCUUUACUAGGUAUGUUAGAGAGUUAAAAUGAUGCUUGGAAAGAUGUGUAAAAUGUGUAUGGACUUCACAUUGCUUUACGCGUGUCACGAUGAUAAGCUCUGUAAAAUGUUCUUACAAUUAUAUAGCAAAUCUCAAAGAGUCUACUAGGCUUAUGUUGGAGGUAAA